AUGGCUCGCUUUCUCCAUCGACCUCAUCGUAUUCCUCCCAAGUUACGAGGCAGUAGGCGAAGCGCUGAUGAAUCCCCGGCACCUCCAAUUGGACCCGAACCCUUCCAUCCCAGCCUGGACUACGUGCUGAAAGCUCGGUACAUACUACAGUACAAGGUUGUUCAUGGGAAAGGUCUUCCCCUCGAGAUUGUGGAUUUGAUCAUUGAUGAGGCUGAGUACUGGCCCUCGGUGGAAGUGAUGAUGGACAAGAGAGCGGUAAUUCGUCAAGAUGCGGAUCGGUCGCUGGUGAGAACAUUGCCGUUAUGCUAUGACGAGAAGACCCUUAAAAGUUCAGCACCUGUAAGGCCUUUCCCGCAUAGGUGCACGCAUCCUUGUCGCAAGAUCGUUUUCCACAUCUCUUCACAUGACCAAGGUUGGGGCGGUGAUUAUCGAGGAAGUUACGGAAAAUCAUGGACUUGGUUCGAUGCUGUAGUUAUCCGAGCGGCAUUUAAAAAAAUCCGAGCCUUGGAAGGUACCAACCCUGAGGAUGAUGGUGACGAUAUUGAGGAACGGUCAUUUCCGACGAACUACGGGGAAAUACAUUCUCUUGCCCUACAAUCGAACCGGACUGCGAUCGGCGAGACGGAACCAUACACAAUUGUCUGGCAUUAUCUGGACGACAUCCAGCCAGACUCUGAGCAGGCGCAGGAGAUUCAAGAGAGGCAGGGAAGAGGUCGUUUUACACUUGAUGGGAGUACAGUGCGGGAGCUCCAAGUUGGGGAUGCAAUAUCGAUCUGGGGCCGGACGAGGUUCUCUGGGUGGUCCAACUAUGUAGAUUGGCUGUCAGUCCGGGUGUUCUGGGCAGUGUAA